GGUUAGUGCUCUCGCUCGGUGGCAUGGUGCUUAGUUUGUGUAUCUGUGUAACGUGUGUGGCUAAAAAGGUUUAAUAAAAUGAGUUCGCAGAGAGGUAAUAUAUCUCGAUCGCGGGGCCAGAAGCAUCAAAACACAACUGCGUUUAAAAACGACAAGUACGGGGCGACUACACAAGUGAAGAAGGCAAAUUCAAAGAUCCACGAUGGGCUUUGUCAACACUGUAAGGGUGUUCUUGAGUGGAAAGUUAAGUACAACAAAUACAAGCCUCUAACACAGCCUAGAAAAUGUGUCAAGUGCUCCCAAAAGACAAUAAAAGAUGCGUAUCACAUCAUUUGUAAGCCCUGCUCUCUUCAGCUUGAGAUCUGCUGCAAGUGUGGGAAGAAGGAGGAGAUUGUUAUUCUGGCAAACUCACAUCUGGAGCAAAAAGAGCAAGAAGUUGAUGAACAGAGAAAGAAAGGAUGUCGACGAAGGAAGAAAGACACGGAUGGUUUGGACAGUGAUGAUGAUUACGAUGAUGAUGAAGAUGACUUUGAUGACUGUGAAGAGGAGGAAGAUGAAGAUUUAGACGAGGACUCUGCAGCAAAAAAGCCACAGAAAAAAUCUGCCGUGCUGCCAGACCUGUCCCCAAUCAAUAUUAAAGAUUAAACACAAUAAGAGUGUAACAAAUAGGAUUUUUUGGGCCAAAGUACAGUAUCAGGUUUGUUGCAGAAGCUCUCUUAGAUUAAUAUAUGCCAAUAAGCCGAUGCUGCCUGCUUGAUGCAGAGCAUGAAAGAGGAAGUCAGGUGAUGAAAUGCACAAAAACUCCCAGAUGACAUCAGAGGGAACAAUGUAAUUUUUCUUUUUAACUGAGUCAGUGUUCUUUCUAAGGAAUCUUUAGUUCUGCGAAUUGUUUAAACUGCCAUAAAUAACUUUUUAGAGACUUGUAUUUUGCAAACAUUUAGCAAUAAAUCACACUGGUUAUAAUGUG